GUCGACAGCAGGAACCUACCGUGGACCUAACCCCGCCGUCGGUCCUCAGAGGGUGGAACGCCGGGCCGGCGGAGUUCACUCUUCACUCCACCGUGGUUCCAGUUAUAUGACCAGUCUUACAAUUGAUGCAACGUUGAACGUUGACCGCAAACAUGGACCAUCUGGACCCACUCUCUUCCCUUGUCUCCGCACUUAAACGAGACCACAUCAUCCCGGAUGUGCUUCCGGAAUCAUUUAAUCCAUCUGUGCUCCUUUCUGUCGAAUACCCUAACGAGCAGCAAGUCCUGAUCGGCAACCAGCUCACUGUCGAAGAUACCACAGAGGAGCCCGCAGUCAGCUUCGUGCCGAUGAACCUCCCGUUUGAGAAGGCGGAUAACACGGGAGAGGAUGUGGGAGAAGAAGCGACAUACACCUUGGUGAUGGUCGACCCGGAUGCGCCGUCGAGGAAGGACCCGAAGUUCAAGUGUUUCAGGCACUGGGUGCUUACGGGCUUGAAGUCUCCUGCGCAUUCUGCGAGCACAACGGCGGAUCCCCAGGCCCUGAAGACGAAGGCAUCUACGACACCAUAUCGGCCCCCAGGACCUCGCCCCGGAUCAGGACAGCAUAGAUACAUCUUCUUACUCUACCAGGAGCCUGCAUCUUCAGAACCGCUGGCGAUCCCACAAGGUGCUGCAGAGCAUGAAUCGACAUUGGAGGAACGGCGGAGCUGGGAUCCCAUAGCAUUUGGAGACAAGUACGGCUUGAGACUAGUUGGAGCAACAUACUUCUUAGUGAAUGCCGCAGGGGCAGAAGAAUGAAGUUUAUGAAAGUCAGAUGUGUCAACAGUUGUCGUACGGCUGACAUAGCUAGACUCGAUAUUCAUACUAAUUGCCCUCUGCAGUCACUUCGCUUUCCUGCUGCACUGCUCACCGGAUUCUGGUGGAGUCGUAGUAGCAUUGCUAUCGAUGUCAUCAGGAUUACUACUACCGGUACGUACUGUGAUAUAUGUGUGCAAUCUCGUGAGACUGUAUUACAUGCUACUUGAAGCCAGAAACAACAUAAUUCAGAUCGUUGG